AUGGUCAGGAGAGCAGAGGCCAAGUUCCUGAGGAGAUGGAUGGAGCUGAGUGAGGAGAUGAGCCUGGAAGGAGAGUCGAUGGGGAACAGCUCUGAAUCUGGCAUUCAGCUCCUGGAGAAUAACUCACCAUCUGCCCCUGUGCACCAGGACUGGAGAGAGCUUCACCUGGCAGCUUGGGAUGGCAACACCCACCUGAUGAAGCAGCUACUGCGGCAGGGGGCAGUAAUAGAGAGCAGGGAUGAGAAUGGAUGGACGCCCUUACAUGGUGCCACGCUGAAGGGGUCCAUCAUGAUGGUGAAGUUCCUGGUGCAGCGCGGAGCCGUGGUCCAUGCCACAGACCGGGCACACUACACCCCGCUGCACCAUGCCUCUUGGAGCGGCCAUACCCAAGUGGCUGAGUUUCUCCUGGCUCGGGGAUCCCCAGCAUCAGCCGUGACUAAAGGGGGCCUCACCCCACUUCACUGUGCAGCAGCCAGCGGUCACACCCUCAUCGUGCAGUUGCUCCUACGACAAGGCACAGAUCCUGCCAGUGGGGACAACAACUGGUGGACGGCACUGCACUGGGCGACUGUGAACAGCCAGCUGCAUAUUAUGGACUUGCUGAUUUGCCAGGGUCUCUCCCCAGACCUGGGCAGUAAUGGAGGCAUCACAGCACUGCACAUCGCGGCAGAGACGGGAAAAAGUGAUGCUCUAAGGUUCUUGCUAGCCAAGGGUGCCAACAUCAAUGCUCAGGAUGGGCUGGGGAGAACAGCACUUGCCAUUGCAUCCAAUAAUGGCAAUCAAGAGAUUACAGAACUGUUGCUGAAAAGCAAAGCUGACGUGAACUUGAAGGACCACUACGGCUGCACGGCACUCCACAAGGCAGCAGCUGCGGGACACUUGGCCCUCGUCCACCUGCUGAUUAAGACAGGAGCUGUUGCCAACAUUAGGGACUGUCUGAAUCUGACUCCGCUUCACAGAGCUGCCUGCUGUGGGCACAGCGAGGUAGCCAGCUACCUUCUGGACCAUGGAGCUGAGAUCAAUGCAGCCGGCUGGCUAAACAAAACCCCGCUGCACUUGGCCGUGGAAAAAAAUCACUUCCUUUUAAUGGAGCUGCUGCUGGGGAAGGGGGCAAGUCUGUCCCUCAGAACUCACUGGAAUGAAACGACACAGGAUCUAGCGUCAGACAGGGUCCUUCCUGCGGGCACUCCAUCCACUUCCCAGGAGAAGAUGACGAGCUGCAAUCCAGACCUGAACUAGAUCUCAACUCGAGUACAGUUAGCUGGACUUGAGAGGCAUGAGAACAACUUUGUCCUUCAGUUUCCUCUGCUGACAUCUUGUGAAGAAGGAUCAGACUUUCCCAUCGUUCCAGUAUUAACCGAUAAAGGGCCUGAUUCUCAUUUACAUUGUUCUGCAGUGUAACAGAACCUUAAAGGGGUAUAAAUAUACUGUAUAUCCAUUGUAAGGCCCCUUUAUACCGCUAGAGUGGUGUCACAGGGCCUUAGUAUAAAUGAGAAUAAGGCUCUAACUUUUUAAAAGAUUCUGUCUUUACCAAUGUGCUGCUGUAAUAUGUAUUUACUAGAUGUGAUUAAACCAUCUUUGGGGAUUCAUUGGAUACCAGAUAAUGUAGCCACUGGAUACUAACAUGAAUCCUAAAGCCUCAGGGAGGUGGGGUGGGUGGUGCCCAAGGUGGAAGAUGGGGCCCUGGAAAGGGCGGUCGGAGUAAUGAAGCAGCAGAGGACAUGGUAAGGGAGACUGGUAGAUUGGCCAGGCAGUGAGAAGCAAGACCACACUUAAAAUGGCCACCGUCAUCAAUUUAGCUUGGGAUGCAAAAGAAGGGCAAAAUGGCCAGAUCUGUGCUAUUUACAAUCGUCCUAUCUCUAGAAUACACCCUUGUACAUUAGAAUAAUCCUAUGCUGAUGUCUUCUUAUAUUCAGACGGUGGACAUGUAAUA